AUGGCCUCUGACCCCUUUCCCAACGAGCUCCUCGACGCUGUCAUCGACGAUCUCGACCCAAAGACAGAUGCACAAACCCUCUCCUCUCUCGCACUGGUUAACCAACACGCCACGACUAUUGUCAACGAGCGCCGGUUCAAGAACGUAGCGUUAAUUCGAAGCCUUGGAGGGCGUCGAUGCGAAGGACUCUGGGAACUCGUCAAGGCCAACCCGAACCUCGUGCACAACAUCCUUUCGCUCCAGUUGGCCGACAAUUCCAUUGAUGGAGGCGGUUUUUUCUUUGGAGUGUCUGAUGAGUCCAGUGAUGAAGACGAUGGGGACGAGUGGACCUCGACUGGUAGGGUUGGAUGGCUGGGAGAGAGGAGGCCUGUCGCACCGGGUCUUGUCGAACUCUUGACGGCUGUCAAGCCCACCCUGCAGGUACUCGCAGUCUGCUCAAGACUUCAGUGGCGUAGUCUCUCGAGGCCUGUUCGACGUGCGCUCCUCGAACUCGCAUCGUCGCCUGCACUCAAAGUCCUCAAACUAGGUCGCUUCAUCCAAAUACCUAUCUCCCUCUUCCUCACCUCGCCUCACCUCAAGCAACUCUCGUCGAAAAGAACCUAUAUCUCCCCCUCGAAUUCGCGUACCUCUAAUGAGCCAUCACAGGUCCUCGCCGACGAGCUAGGGCAACUCGACGUUCUGGAGCUCAGGGACUCGUUUUCAGAGCUCCAGUUCCUCCCGUUAUCUCUGUCAAAGUUGCGAAGGCUCGUCGUCGAGUUUAGCCCCGAGGAGAACAUGUUCACUCAACGUAUGCCCCACGACGUGAAGGACGCUUUGUGGAAUUUGCUGGAAGACCUUCCGCUGAAAGAAUUCCGCCUGCUUUUUGUUCUCCCGUCCCAUUUCUCAGCACAGCUCUCUGCGCUCACGCAAUUUAUUCUCUUCACGAAAUGGCCCCUUCGUGUGCUGGAGGUUGCAGUUAUCUACAGAGACAAUCUCGACGCUUGGAUGGGGCCUUUGUCCUUGGUGCUUGCGAAAAUGAAGACCCUCGAGGAGCUGCGACUCGAGGUCUAUCCGAUCUCCGAAGCUCGGUCAGAUGCAUAUGAUCGAAGGGGUGCGACCGACAUCGAGUGUCGCCCUGCUUGGGAGAGCCUCGAGAAAGCACUCGUCCAGCUCAGCACCCUUCGGAAGCUCGUCAUCGUGUUUGACGAGAGGCAUAGGGAGACGGAGAUGUAUCGCGAUCCUGAGGAUACGUUGAAAGCGGCGAUGCCAACUUUGCUUGGGGAUGGUCGUUCUCUUAGGUUUGCUGUCGAAUGGAACGAACGCCCCGAAGUUUAUUAUGACCCUGAAUGCCAUCAUGCUGCUCGGAGAGCAGGGCAUGUUCUCCAUCGCGAUCUCAGCGAAAGUAAUAUCAUGUUUGUCAGAACCCUCGUAGAUGACGAAGUGACUGUCGUCGGGAUUUUGAACGACUGGGACACGGCGUCUUUCCUGAACGGGGCCAAUCAGGUCCCUCAGUCUGCUGCGCAAAAUCGCACCGGUACGCCUCCCUUCAUGUCCGACCAUCUCUUAUACGGACAGGCUCCGACUACCACCUCCCGCUUCAAAAGAAAAGCGACAGAGCCCGUCCGACACAGUUAUCAACACGACGUGGAAUCAUUUUUCUACAUCCUUUUAUGGGCUGCGAUCCACUACCGGUUUGACGGAACAAAAGACGACACUCCCUCGAGGGUUGACAAUUGGGCUUCAAGUAAUGUCGAAGCUGUCCGACGCUGGAAAGUCGAGGUUAUGACAAGGGAGAAUUACUUCCUCGACGAGGUCUUGGAGCCGUUUGUUCUUCCUCAUUUCACCGAACUCGGCCAGCAGUGGAUCGUUCCGAUGUAUGACCUCAUUGUGACAUCCCGGAUGAAAGGUUCCAAUGUGGAAUUGACCUAUGAAGCGGUGAUAGAGGCUAUUGGCGAGGAGGCGUAG